AUGGAAGAGUUAGAUUAUUAUUCUGUACUUAAAGUAGAUCGCAACGCUGAUGGAGAGACUAUAAAGAAGGCCUAUCGCAAGUUGGCUCUGAAAUGGCAUCCUGAUAAGAAUCCGGAUAACAAGGAGGAGGCGGAGAGGCGGUUCAAGCUUGUGAGUGAGGCGUAUGAGGUUCUCUCAGACCCUCAGAAGCGAAGGAUUUAUGACGUUCACGGCAAGGAAGGCCUUUCAAAUGGAGGUCCAUCACCAAGCAACUUUUCUGGAUAUGAUGCUUUUAGUUCUUUUCAUUUUACCGACCCAUUCGAGCUUUUUGCUGAGGUCUUUGGUGCAUCUGUUUUUGAUUUAUUUGGUACCGGUUUCUCUGUACACGAACCUCAUGGUCAUUCCCGUGUUCAUCGAUCUCAUGGAAGUACUCGAGCCCACAAUCGUCGUCAACACAAUCCAUAUGAACCCAGUCGUCGCCAAACAGUCCCAUCACAUCAUUCAAAUGAUUUAAUGUCAGGUAUGGGAUUUGGUGGCGGUUUGUUUGGGAACUUUUUUGGUGGACUCCUUGGCAGUCCGUUUGGAGGAAUGGAUGGAUUCUCUUCGGUGACUUCGUUCAGUAAUGGUGGAUUUGGCGGCGGUCACUCUCGGUCCGUCUCUUCAUCAACUCGAAUCGUCAAUGGACAAACAAUACGCACUACUACGGUACGUGAAAAUAACGUCGAAACAAUCACAGAAGAGGUUAAUGGUCGCGUUGUUCGCACAGAAACACGCCAAUGCCAAGGCAACCCUUCCAGUAUUUAUCUUAGUUUCUGA